UCUGUUCCGUCAAAGUUCAAAAUUUAAAAUUUGGCCAGUUCGUUGUUUCAUGAGUACCGAAUUCAAAUAUUUAGGUUCUUUAACUCAUUAAUUUAUAAAUAUGAAUAGUAUGAUGAAUCUAAAACACAUCGAUGCUAUUCCUUUGCCAUACAGAGUAGUUUUUUCCGAGUUUAUAUGUUUUAAUCGUAUGCAAUCUCAAGUGUUGGAUGCCAUUUUGCAUUCAGAUGAGUCUCUAGUUAUAUCAGCACCUACGGGUUCUGGCAAAACGGUUGUUUUUGAAUUAGGAAUUAUUAAAUUGCUUUUGGAAUGCGGAAGUAGUUUUCCAGAUUUUAAAAUCGUUUAUAUUUCACCAAUAAAAUCUCUGUGUCACGAACGGCUCGUAGAUUGGGUCAAAAAAUUUUCUCGAUUCGGUAUUAAUUGCGUUUGCGUAACAGGCGAUUCCGAUAAUAUAGAUUAUCACCAACUGAUCAAUCACAAUUUGAUUAUUUCUACGCCAGAAAAAUGGGACAGCUUGACCCGAAAAUGGAGAGAUAACGAAACGUUCGUAAAAGAGGUGAAAUUAUUUAUGAUCGACGAGGUUCAUUUACUCAAUGACGACGACAGAGGUUCGACCUUGGAAGUUAUUGUUAGUAGAAUGAAAACCGUUCAAAAUUCUAUGGCCAGAAACGUUUGCCAGAUUCGUUUUAUGGCAGUUUCAGCGACCAUCGGUAACAUCGAAGAUAUCGCAGAAUGGUUAGAAUACAGCAAAGUUUUUCAAUUUCCAAAUGAAAUGCGACCCGUACAAUUAAAAACAUUGGUGUUGGGUUAUCCCAGCCAGAAUGCCUCAUCUCCCUUUAAGUUUGAUCUGUCUCUCAAUUACAGACUUCAAAAUUUGAUUAUACAACACUCUGAAGGACAACCCACAUUGAUAUUCUGUAGCACGAGGAAAAGCGUUGAAAUGACGGCCAGACAUUUGAUUCAAACGCUCAAAAUCCAAAUCAGCCCCAAUCAAUGCCAAAAACUCGUUACUAUUUGCGAUACCAUCUCCGACAUUAAAAUCAAAGAAUCUAUAAAGCAUGGCAUUGGAAUUCAUCACGCAGGUAUGAGCGUAGAUAUUCGCCAUACGGUGGAAACGGCGUUUCGAGAAGGACAUCUGCCGAUUUUGGUGGCGACCAGCACAUUGGCGAUGGGCGUGAACUUGCCCGCCCAUUUGGUGAUCAUCAAGUCGACGAAAUACUACAGCAACGGCAGCUAUCAAGACUACUCGUCGACGGCUAUUCACCAAAUGAUCGGUCGGGCUGGUCGGCCGCAAUUCGAUACUAGCGCUACCGCUUUGAUUUUGACCACCAACGAAAGCAAGAAAAAAAUCGAAAGACAACUUAAUUCGAACGAACCAGUGGAGUCGAACCUUCACAAACAUCUUACCGAACAUUUGAAUGCCGAAGUCGUGUUGGGUACUAUCACCGGACUGGACGUAGCCAUGCACUGGUUAGCAUCUACCUUUUUGUACAUAAGAGCUAGGAAAAACCCCAAACAUUACGGCUUACCGCAGACCUGCAGGCAGGAUCAGUUAGAUAAGAAAUUGAUGGAAAUAUUUCAAAUCGAUUUGAACAAACUAAUGCGAGUAGGGAUGAUAACGAUGGAUGAAAAAAUCAAUGUAACACCAACGAUGACUGGUCGAUUGAUGGCGAGAUAUUACGUCGACUUUGAAACGAUGAAAAUGUUUACUCAGAUAAGUGGCACUGAAGUGUUCAUUCAAAUUUUGGCGCUGAUAUCAAAAUGUCAGGAAUUUUCGGAAAUGCGUUUAAGAGUGAACGAUAAGAAAUCGUUGAAUUUGUUGAACCGGAAUUCGAAAAAACAGACCAUACGGUUUCCACUUAAUGGCAAAAUUAAAACUUGGGACAUGAAAGUUAAUUGCAUCAUUCAGGCAGUACUUGGAAAUUUAGAAAUAACAGACUCCUCUAUACAAACAGAAUCUUACUUGAUACUUAGAAACGGACAACGCAUAAUAAAAUGUUUGAUAGACUACUUGAGCCUGAGGAACCAAAAUUGCUACAACGCGCUUCUUCAUUCGAUCGUCUUGGGAAAAUGUUUGCACGCCAAAUUGUGGGAAGAUUCACCGUUCGUCAGCAAACAGUUGAACGGGAUCGGAAGUAUCCUAGCCACGCAGCUGGCGAACGCGGGAAAAACCACUUUCGAAAAAAUAUUGGAGUCCAGUCCUCGCGAAAUUGAAUUGUUUGUCAAAAGGAAGCCUCCGUUCGGUAAUUAUCUCUUGGACGAAGUGCGAAAUAUUCCGAGAUAUUCUAUGAUUUUAGAAAAGUGCCAUCAAGGAUUAAAAAUAAUGAUAUUAUUGGAAAAUGUUUCUGAUGUUUCUAAAAAAUGUACAGUCAAUUUGUCAUCCUUAAUGUAUCUCAUAGUGGGAAACAACUUCAACGAAAUAUUGGCAUAUGAGAAGUAUCAAGUUUCGUACACUAUAGACAAUCCUACAAUAACGAAAUUUAUUAAUCUAAAGUCCUCUGAAGAUCUAGAAUUUGUGGAAGCAAAUUUGAUUAGCGCAGAGUGGGUUGGAAUAGACCGUAACUGCAAAGUACUGUUUUCAAAUGAAAAUAAAUUCGGCGAUGGCCCAAAUAGUCCAAAGAUCGUUGAAAAAAAUCCCGGAAAUAAGGAAUCGUCUUAUAUUCAGACGUUUCUAGAUAUUUAUAUGAAGAUUAAAAAGCCAAUCAAACAGAAAAAGGGCGAAAAAAAUCCAAAAAUGCCUUCGAAAGAAAUCGACAAUAAUAUUCAAUUAAAAAAACAACCCGAUAAUAAAAAAAUGUUUAUGGAAUAUCCGGAGAAUCAAAUAAAAAUGUUGUACGAUCAAUUGAUUAAUAAUAAACCGGAUAAUUCCAAAAAUGAGGAGAACAAUAAGGAAAAACUAUCUUUACCGAAAAAUCUAACAGACACCGAAUUAGAUGACAUACUGGAAGAUCACAAAAUAAUUACGGCGUACAAAAAUGCUGAAAUAUCGGGUAAAUUGGACAAUGAAAAAGCAGCAGAGGGAUUUUAUAACUUAUCUAAUAGCAGCGUUGGAGAUAAUUUCGAAGCAGAGGAGGAAAUCGUUUAUUCUAAUAACGAUGUUCAAGAUUACGAAGAGAUCAUCGAUUGUAAUGACGACAGGAAAGAUUACGAGGGCGCUACUGUGGCCGUUGAAUCGAAUAACGUUGAAGAGGAUGUCGAUAAGUGUGAGGAAAAUGGUAAAAAUAGCGGAAAAGAUGACUGUGGUGGAAAUGUUAACGUCGAGUUAACAGAUAUUUUACCAGAAGAACUGGAAGAAAUCUUUAAUUGCAGCAGUCCGAUGUUUUCUGAUUCGGAAACAUGCGUAACUAAAAACGUAAAUGAGAAUGAAGAAACCGGGAACGUUGUCGAAGAGAAGGAGAAAUUGGAUCUGAAUGCACUGACUAAAACCGAUCCUGUUUUAUUUUCGAUUGCGCAAAAAUAUUUGACUGAUGUAGAUAGCGAAGAGAGAAGUAUUAUUAGUAAACCGUCAAAACAAGGCGCGACGCAUAAUAAUACUUUGAAAAACAUCUUGAAUUUUAGAGGGAAGAGAAAACGGAAAUCAGACGAACUUCAUCCAACCGAGGAACUGGAAGAAUAUAUCCAUAAAGAAGAGCACGAAAAGAAAAGCUUUUUAAAUACGUUCAGGAAACCGACGAAAAAGAAAUUAUCAAAUGAUAGCCAAGUUGAUAAUUUUCCCGAAUCGACGAUCACAGGUCCGGCUUAUAAGAUAACGGAAAUAUUAGAACCGAAUUCGCGCCGGUCGGCGAAAAAUUCCAAUUUCAAUAAUUUGGAGAAUCAGAAAAGCAUUAAAUGGCGAUCGCCCUUGGUAUUUUCUCCGGGCAUGAAAUUUUCUCCGAAGAUCAAUCACAAGAAUAUGUUCGGUGCUAAUAAAGCCGAAUUCGAAUACCAAAAUGAAAGAUACAAUGAAUCGUUCGAAACUACAUUAUCUUCGGCCUCUUCCAAAAACUCGAAAAACUUUUCGAUGAAGCUCCCCAGCAACAACAACAAAACGCCUACCAGACGCUCCACCAAAUCCGAUCAGAACAUUUUCAAAUCGUUCACGGCUUCGAGCGCGACCCCUUUCCCGCUCAGCGACAAAGAGUACGAACAUUCCUUGGAGUCUAACAAAUCCAAAAUUAUCAAUACCCUCGAACAGUUCACAGAUAUUUGCUCCUCGCAGCUGUUGGACACCUUCAAUUUAAAAGAUUCCAAGGAGUCGUCGAACGUAUCGACGUUACCUCUGAGCGAUAAAGAUUGCAAUACGAAAGCCAGAACCGGUAAGGUAAUCGUAAACGAGUCGGAUUUGUAUUCACCACGGCUAAAGACGAAAGAUAACACGUUUACGCCGAGAAAAUUGAGGCAAAAUAAUCCUGAGAGUGCCGGUGAUUAUUUUUCGCAACUGGUACCACAACACCAGUCGCAAAAACUGUUUAAGACUGAGAUGGAGAGUUCGCAGCAAACCAUUAUUGAAAACAAUGAGAAUAUAGAGUACGAAGACGAACAAUUAGAGCAGGAAAGAUUUCGCUGUGAGAUAGAAGCUCCACGGCCCCAGCACCAUCAAAUCCUAUCCCAAAACAAACCGUUAACCUUCGACCGUCCUAACAACGAAAUCAGAACCAGAUCCGAGGAGUACAUCAACUCAAAAAUACGGGAAAACUAUCCAGUAUAUUCAGAAUUCGAGCCAUCUACCAGCAGCAGUAGCAGGUACUUUAUGGCGCCAACUAUGGGUAGCAGAGAGUACAUCGAAUACGAUACUGGUGCCGCCAGCGCCGGUUUGAAUUCCAGUUUUAGACCUGUGGCGAUGGAGCGGAGCGCGCCAAAACCCAGCAUGCACUAUUCCCAUUAUGUAGAUCCCGUCAAUUUCGGUUACCACCCGAGUUACGGGCAGUACGUGCGACCGCCCUGUUGCGAGUACCCCAAGGUCCUGCAUAGGAAUCUACCCGUUGGGUACGUGGAGUUGCCGCCGGUCGACCCCAAUUUGAUUGCCACCAGAUGCCCUCCUCCCGGUUAUCAGCCAGAAGCGAUUCAGAUGACCCCGUUCAAGAGAAGGCUUUCAGAAGAGGAGUACCCCGAAAACGUGGGACAAGAGUUGUCGAGGACCAACCCGAUGGUGUCGACUAGACACGUUUACGCCGAUACCAUAGAACAUGAUUUGAACAGUUCUUUCGCGAUGAGACAUCCCUCGUAUCCCGUUCCAUAUCAGGGACAAAAUUAUCCAUGUUCCGUUUCGUAUGGGUCGAACGCGGGGUACGCGUUUUCUUAUUCCAGGGAACGGCCCCAUCCCUACGGGUACGUAGCUGAAACUCCGGGAUUUCCUAUAGUUGAUAAAGACUAUGUUAUGAAUAAAUAUUGGGGUUCGCUAAAUACCCAACAAUAGUUAUAAAUUUAAUUUUUAUUUGAAGUUUUUCUAAUUUAUUUGGAGUUUAUAAUUGUUAACUUAAUUAAAAUUACCGUUAAGAAUAAAUAAAUUUAUUAUUGUACCUAGGUACUAAAUUGAUUAUCAACUGUGUGUUGUUUUAAUUAAUAUAUAAUUAUUUUCG